CUCAAUUGUUAAUUAUAUUUUAUAAGUAUUGACAUUGUGCUAAUUAUUUAUUUAUUUUUUCAUAAUUCUUUAAAUAACUUAGUGUUUGAGCCUAAGUGACAGGGGGUCGCUCGGGUCAAAGGGCAUUUGGGGUGAUAGACAUGACUCCGAGACUAUAGGCACCUCCCACUCUUAGCUAGAGCACGAUGGAAAAGACUAGAGAGAGAGUUGAGAGAAGUUGUAGUAAAUGUAGAUAGCCCCCUAUUCAUGAGGAGAACACUCCUAUUUAUACAAGUCUGGAUGGUAUUUGUGUGGUCCAUGCAUCUCAGACUCUCUAUCACUGUACAUUGUACUUCUGGUCAGAAGGUGUCUGGUGGUGCACAGGGUGUCCCCCUGACCUCUUCCUUGCUGAUGUUAGGUGCGCCAACUAGUCUCUUAACCUUGUCUUCUUCCUCUGAUGAUGUAAGCCUCUAGGGUUUUGCCCCUAUGUAUUGGCUUCUAUUGGACUCUUCUUAUGGACCUUCUCCAAGUAUUAGGCUUUAACUUCAUACCUUAUCAUUACCCCUUUGGCGUCGAUAUGAGAUCAUGGAGGCGUCAACAUAAAGAAAGUCUUUUGAUAACCUUGCUUUCUUGUCUUCUCGAUCAACCGCCUGUUGUCUUUCUUUACACAAUCGACACCAGGCUUCCUUUCAAGCGCCUGCUACCUUUCAUUGGAUGGACCAUGAUGGUUAUUCUCAUGCUCCCAGAAGCAGGGGCUUGCUUCAUUCCAUUAUCGAUCUUCUGAUCAUUUGAGAGCUUGUGUGCCCUCGUGGGUGUGCUUGCUUCCAAACAAGAUGUAGUAAAAUGAGAAAGAAAAAGUGCAUGUCUCAAGUACGGAGACUAGCUAAAGAAGCAAUCAUGCCCCUUUUAUCGAGUGCCUGAUGCUUGCAUUCUUCCUUUCAUCAUCAAUUAAUUCCUGAGUGCCUACUCUUGCAUUUUAGAGGAUGCGCCUAGGCUCAUGUUAGAAGCGCCUAGGCUCUGCCAAUACAAUCUUCUUCCGAUCUAGUUGAGGACUUUAGUUCGUGUCAGAUGAUUCAAUCUAUCUUGACAUUCAAAUGAAAAAGAAACAAACUUGUCAGUUUGCCUUUGAAUACUCUGUGCCUUGCCCAUUUGUGCGAGCACCUGACGCUCUUUUCCCAUAUUCUCCUUUUUGGAAAAAGAUGAUUCCUACUAUUCCCAUACUUUCCAUUCAUUGUCCGAGAUCUUCUAUUUUUCUUUCGAUUACUUCUCAAUUUUAGAAGAGUGCUUGCUUCGAUUUUUUGGCUGAGCACUUGUCUUGUGUAGUGUAUAUGCUACUUUCAUUUCUUUGUUUUGGUUUUCUCGAGUGCAUAGGUGCUUCAACGAGGUGCCUGGCGUCUUGCUCCUUUCCGAGGUGUCAGACCUUCAGUAGGGCGCCUGACACAUCACUUCUUCAGCGACGUGCCUGACCUUGAGUGGGCGCCUGGCACUUGGCACUUGCUGAAGGUGACUGAUCUUCAGUGGGGUGCUUGGUGACUCACUCCUUCGUUUGGAUGCAUAUGACUUUAACCUCACUCUUGUGAAUCUGACAUUACUUGUUUUGGUUUACUUGAGCACAUAGGCACUUCACCCAGGCACCUGACGGCUCGCUCUUUUUCCGAGGUAUCUGACCUUCAGUUGGGAAUCUAGUAUCUCACUCCUUUAGCAAGGUGCCUGACUUUCAGUGGGGCGCCUGGUGCCUCACUCCUUCACUUGUGUCUAAUGUUUAUGACUUCUAACCUUACUCUUGUAGGUUUGACAUUACUUGUUUUAGUUUACUUGAGCGCAUAGGCGCUUCACCGAUGUGCCUAGAGGCUCGCUCCUUUGCUGAGGUGUCUGACCAUCAGUGAGGUGCUUGAUGCCUCACUCAAUCAACAAGAUGUCUAAACUUUAGUAAGACGCCUGACGCCUCACUCCUUCGCUUGUGUCUGACCUUCUAGAGUUGGGGUGUCUGCUCCAAUUACGCCUCACUCCUUCAGUGAGGUGUCGGACCUUCAGUAGGGCGCCUGACAUCUCACUCAUUCAGCGAGGUGUCUGACCUCUAAUGGGUCGCCUCACUCUUUCGCUUUUGUUUAACGCUUAUGACUUAUAACCUUACUCUUGUAGGUCUGACAUUACUUUUAUAGUUUACUUUAGCGCAUAGGUGCUUCACCGUGGCGCCUAGCGCUUCACCGAGGCGCCUAGCACUUCAUCGAGGCGCCUGACGACUUGCUCCUUUGCCAAGUUGUCUAACAAUCACUGAGGCUCCUCACUCCGUCAUUGAUAUUCCUGACCUUCAAUGGGACGCCUGGCGCUCACUCAUUCGCUUAUGUCUUUUGCUAAGCACUUGUCACCCAGCUUGUCGUUAGUUGCCUUAAGACCCAAACUCAAUGAGGUGCCUGACGACUUGCUCCUUUGUCCUUUGCCAAGGUGUCUGACCUUUAGUUAGGAGCCUGGAGCCUCACUCUUGAGCGAGAUGUGUAACCUCCAGUGGGGCGUCUGGCGACUCGCUCAUUUGUCGAGGUGCCUACCCUUCAGUUGGGUGCCUGACACCUUACUCCUUCGGCGAGGUGCCUAACCUUCAGUGGGGCGCCUGGCAACUCACUCCUUUGCCGAGGUGCCUGACCUUUAGUUGGGCGCCUAACACCUCACUCCUUCAGCGAGGUGCAUGACCUUCAGUAGGGUACGAGGUGCCGCACUCCUUCAACGACCUGCAUGAUCUUCAGUGGUGGGAUUUCUGGCAUCUCACUUCUUCGCUUGCUUGCCCUUGUCAGACUUGUUUUAGAAUAAGGAUGGGAUAAUGGGUGAACUUCUUAUCACCCCUUGUCAGACUUUCCCAAUGUCAAGCUUUUCCUCAAUGUGUCAAUCUUGAGCGCCUCAUCAUGUAACCGUUCUUCUUUCCUUGUCGAGGUGUGGUCUCCUAGGAUCUUGUUUUAGAGCGCUUGCCCUUACUUUCCUUUCCAUUAAAUAGAGCAUCGAGGCAAAUUGUCGUUGCUUUGUCGCUACUAAAUUUUUGGUUGAGAACCUAGGCUCUUUCAUUUCUUUUCAAUGUAUGACAUUCCAUUUUGCAAGUAUCAAUACACGAUUCAAGGUGCAUGGCACCUCCGGCGACGAGGUUGAUGGACCCUCAGCCCAUAAAAUCGAUGCACCACAUACUAGUGAUGAUGGGGACCACUUGCCUCUGCUUCUCCUCGACAAGGUCAACGAGCAAAACGCCACCCUUAUCCUCGAUAGAGUAAGAGAGCACAAGUGAAUCCUUCCGACUAAGCAGGAAAACAACACGACGACUUGAAAGAGGUGCCUUAGAAGGAGCUUGACAACUUGAAAGAGGUACCUAAGCAGGGACAUUAUGAGGGAUGUGUUCGGGACAUCAUCUCUCACGGGGAUCUAGGAUUCAGGCGCCUGGCACUCAUCUAAAGUGUCUAGCGCAAACUCUUAGGCUCUUCGCUUUGGUGGGAAAGAAUAUCAUUUGGGAUGAAUAUCCUCUAAACCGUUGGUGAUACUCCCCAAAGCAGAGCACCGACGCUCCUGAACAUGAAAUAACGCGCCUAGGAUUCUCUUUGACGGAGGAAGCGUGAUAUAUGAGCUCCAUCUGUCUAAGUAGGGAAAUUCGAGAGAUAUUGUAGGGAUACCUACUCUCAUGGGGAUCCAUCGUUGGGCGCCCCGCACCUGACUGGAGAGCCAGGCGCAAGCUUUAGGGCUCUUCCGCUUUAGUGGGAAAUGAAUAUCGGUUGGGAUGAACAUCCUCUAAACUAUUGGUGAUGCUCCUCACACAGAGCAUCGGCGCUUCUGAAUAGGAUAUAACAUGCCUAGACUUCUCCUCGAGGGAGAAAAGCUAUAUGAGCUCUAUCUGUCCAAGCAAGGAAAUUCGAAGGAUAUUGUAGGGAUACCUCCUCUCAUGGGGACCCAUGGUUGGGCGCCCAAUACCUGACUGAAGAGCCAGAUGCAAGCUCUAGGGCUCUUCCGUUUUAGCGAGGAAUGGAUAUCGGUUGGGAUGAGCAUCCUCUGAACCAUUGGUGAUGCUCCCCAAAGCAGAGCACCGAUGCUCAUGAACAAGAUAUAACGCGCCUUGACUUCUCCUCGACUUAGGAAGCGAGCUAUAUGAGCUACACUUGUCUAAGCAGGGAAAUUCGAGGGAUAUUGUAGGGAUAGCUCCUCUCAUGGGGACCCAUGGCUAUGCGCCCAGUAUCCAAUAAAGCUUCAAUUACUUCAUUUUCAACUACUAGCAUAUAUCCUUCGAGUUUUUUUUACGUUAGAGCCCGUCAUUUCCUCUCGAGGUGACAGAGCGCGUCCUUUCCUCAUGGUCUAUAGAGUUGUUAUUACUUGGCCAAGUUGUCCUUGCAUGCUGGCCAUAUGAAAUUCUUGUUUCUCUUGGAAAUUGGUGAGGUGGUGCCUUAGGCGCUCGACCUCUUCUUCAUUUAGUCAGGUGCCUCAUCGUUUUGUGUGGCGCUUGGUCUUUCCUCUUCAUUGUUGGCAUCCUACAAUGCUACCACUUAAUUCUCCAUCAUAUGUGCCCUUUCUUUGAGCAUUCAACAUUCGUCCCGGGUGAUUUGAGAAAGGGGUGGCACAAGAGUAUAUCUUUUUUCUGAGAGCACCAACAAUGCUUGGUCGAGCUGCCCCUUCAUGCUCACCCUCUACCGCCCUUGCGUAUCUUGAAGUUUGGCAAGGAGGUGUCCAAGCCAUUUGGUUUCUUCUGUUGUUGUUGGCGCGUCCUAAUCAUUGGAUGGUUCAAUUUCUUCUACAGUAAGCGCUUAUGGAUUGGGUGUCUCCCGACCGAUUAGUUUCCAAAGGGGAUUUUUUAGUUGGAGGCAUGCUCUUCUCAUAUGUCUUCUUUGAGGGGGAGCGUCUUUCAAAGUCAUGUCUAGCCCCACGGUGGGCACCAAUUGUUUGAGCCUAAGUGAUAGGGGGUCGCUCGGGUCAAAGGGCGUUUGGGGUGAUAGACAUUACUCCGAGAGUGUAGGUGCCUCCCACUCUUAGCUAGAGCACGAGGGAAAGACUAGAGAUAAAAAGUUGAGAGAAGUUGGAGUAAAUGUAGAUAACCCCC